GUACAUGAUAACCUCUUUUAUUGCAGUUGAAGGAUGUCUACAAAAUUUUAAUGAAUGAAUCUUUAGUUCAAUACAGACAUUUUCGGCACCAGCUAAAGUACCCAACUCCUGUUGAUAAUUUAGAUACGGGAACAGAAUGUCCAGCAUGUUUUCAGAAUCCAACAAAAAUAAUUUCUAUGGAUGCUGAUUUUCAGCUUGUGCGGAAGUUUUCUUCUGGCAAAUUAUCUUCUGAACCGAAACAUCUUGGAAAAUUCUUUGUCUGUCAGGCUGAUGUUGAUGCUCACAUUGCUAUUUAUUUAACAGUGCCAUCCCAAGAUAAGUCCUGUUCAGAAUUCCAGGCUGGAAGUGCAUUGAGGUCGAAAAUAAAAAACAAGAAGCUGGAUGAGACGGCAGUCUUUGGCUCUGCCUGUCGGCAUUCUUUUCCUAAAUUAUUUUUUAACUUAAAACAUGGUGAAAGGAUUGGAUAUUCUGUAUUUCUGGUGGAGAAACUGCUGGCAGAAACCCACAAUCAACAGUUGCAUGUAUUUUAUGAUAUUGCAUGCCUACUUAAAAGCCAUUUAAAGAAAAAUAAGAAAUAUGACAUUUUGGAAAAGGUCAACCUAGUACUUCCCAUCUUCCAUUGUUAUGGACACAAGAUGAAUUGCCAGAUUUUGUAUAGUCCAAGACGAACAUCAGGUGUUGGACUCACUGAUGGUGAAUGUCUUGAACGUCUGUGGUCGUAUUUGGGCAAGUUUUCCAAUAUAACCAAAGAAAUGACCCCAGAGAACAGGACGGAUCUUUUGGUGGAUGCUCUUAUUUAUUAUGGUCAUAAAAUUAGAAAUAAAUUGGGAUAUUCACUGGUAUUGAAGUAUCAGAAGGCUCAGGCACUAAAAGAAACCAGUACAAAGCUGUUUGAAGAAUCGCUUCAGCCAUUCUCAGCACAAUGUGUCACACCAUCUGAGGUUCAGAAAUGGUCUGAUGAUGAGAGACUUCAGACACAGACACAGAUACGAAAAAAUCAAAAUGAGAACUAUACACCUGAAGAGGCUUAUGCAGUAAACCUGCGACAGUACCAACAUUUUCAGCAGUCACUCUUAAUCUGUAAUGCAUCAACGAGAUACGACAUUGAAAAGAAAUGUGCACGAAUUAUAAAAGAUCUUUCAAGAUUUGAAAGAAAUACUAAUUGUACUAGAUGGGACAUGGAAUCAAAUCGUUUCCAGCUAGCUGCUGAAUUGGCUAAAUCAAAGGAGAUCCUUUGCAGUCUUUCUGACCUUCACCAGUCUGUUUCAGAGAGGCGUUUUCUGCUGCAGCUGCUAAAGAAAUAUGCAAGUAAGUAUUAAAAAAUAUCAAUCAUCUUUAUAUUUCAUCAUUUAAUCGUAACACUGUCUUUGCAAGUUUAGUGUUUUAUGUCAAUGUGGGUUUUUUUAAUCUUUAUCGUAAUUGUUUAAUUUUUAGACUACGGUACUGGA